ACCGGUUUCAACCGGUUAUGGGUUUGUUGCUUGAGAGGAGAAGAAGCGCAGGCUUACAGUCUCACACCACCCUGCUGCAUACAAUAUUCCAGUACAGAACUAAAUUGUAAAUCAAUGUUAUUUUAUUUCGUAAAAUGAGUCGGAUCAGUAAAUUACAUAGCGUGCCGUGAUUACAGUUGAGGAACCCACUCAGUGGUCCUUAUCAGACAGCUCAGUGUUCAUUCUGGAGGAAUAUUGUAGCCAGCCAUCUAACUAACGUUAGUUAGCUACAGACAGUUCUAUCUUAGCUAUCUUGGCUAAGUUAGUUACCGACAGCGAUACUCAAUCAGAACUACUUUAGAUAGGCAGCUAGAUUCUGUUGUUAAAAGCUUAAAUUCUUUGAUUGAAGGGCCUGGAUGUUAGCAGGUAAUUGUGGGUUGUGUACCAGUCAUAGGAGCAUUGGACUGGGUUCAGUAUUGCAGAAUUGAAAGUGAAAAUUUUGCAGUAUUUUAACUAACGUUAUAUUCUGAUUCACUCUUGGAAUUAAAUCCAAAGGAGGGGAACAGUGAUUUAACAUAGAUCUCUAUGCCAGCAAUUAUGACAAUGUUAGCGGACCAUGCAGCUCAGCAGCUGCUGGACUUCAGCCAGAAGCUGGAUAUUAACCUGCUGGAUAACGUGGUGAAUUGUUUGUACCACGGUGAAGGACCACAGCAGAGAAUGGCACAGGAAGUGCUCACCCAUUUGAAAGAGCACCCGGACGCCUGGACAAGAGUGGACACCAUACUGGAGUUUUCGCAAAACAUGAACACCAAAUACUAUGCUCUGCAGAUACUGGAAACGGUUAUUAAAACAAGAUGGAAGAUUCUUCCCAGAAAUCAGUGUGAAGGUAUAAAAAAGUAUGUUGUCGGUCUUAUAAUCAAGACUUCGUCAGAUGCUACAAAUGUAGAGAAAGAGAAAGUGUACAUUGGAAAACUCAACAUGAUACUGGUCCAGAUCCUGAAGCAGGAGUGGCCCAAGCACUGGCCCACCUUCAUCAGCGACAUCGUGGGGGCGAGCCGCACCAGCGAGAGCCUGUGCCAGAACAACAUGAUCAUCCUGAAGCUGCUGAGCGAGGAGGUGUUCGACUUCUCCAGCGGACAGAUGACCCAGGUCAAAGCCAAGCACCUGAAGGACAGCAUGUGCAACGAGUUCUCGCAGAUCUUUCAGCUCUGCCAGUUCGUCAUGGAAAACUCCCAGAAUGCCCCCCUCGUUCACGCCACUCUGGAGACGUUACUGCGGUUUCUCAACUGGAUUCCUCUAGGCUACAUAUUCGAGACCAAACUCAUCAGCACACUUGUAUAUAAGUUCCUAAACGUCCCGAUGUUCCGUAACGUGACGCUGAAGUGCCUGACGGAGAUCGCAGGCGUGAGCGUGAGUCAGUACGAGGAGCAGUUUGUCACCCUCUUCACCCUCACCAUGAUGCAGCUCAAACAGAUGCUUCCGCUGAACACCAACAUCCGGCUGGCCUACUCUAACGGGAAGGACGACGAGCAGAACUUCAUCCAGAACCUGAGCCUGUUCCUCUGCACCUUCCUGAAGGAGCACGGCCAGCUCAUCGAGAAGAGGCUCAACCUGCGGGAGACGCUCAUGGAGGCCCUGCACUACAUGCUGCUGGUGUCGGAGGUGGAGGAGACGGAGAUCUUUAAGAUCUGCCUGGAGUACUGGAACCACCUGGCGGCCGAGCUGUACAGAGAGAGCCCCUUCUCCACCUCCACCUCCCCCCUCCUCUCCGGGAGCCAGCACUUCGACGUCCCACCCCGACGACAACUCUACCUGCCCGUGCUCUCCAAGGUGCGGUUGCUAAUGGUUAGCAGAAUGGCCAAACCAGAGGAAGUCCUGGUUGUGGAGAACGACCAGGGAGAGGUGGUCAGAGAAUUCAUGAAGGACACAGACUCAAUCAACCUGUACAAGAACAUGCGAGAGACGCUCGUGUACCUGACGCACUUGGACUACGCCGACACGGAGCGCAUCAUGACGGAGAAGCUGCACAACCAGGUGAACGGGACGGAGUGGUCGUGGAAGAACCUGAACACGCUGUGCUGGGCCAUCGGCUCCAUCAGCGGGGCCAUGCACGAGGAGGACGAGAAGCGCUUCCUGGUCACCGUCAUCAAGGACCUGCUGGGGCUCUGCGAGCAGAAGAGGGGCAAGGACAACAAGGCCAUCAUCGCCUCCAACAUCAUGUACAUCGUGGGCCAGUACCCCCGCUUCCUCCGCGCCCACUGGAAGUUCCUCAAGACCGUGGUCAACAAGCUGUUCGAGUUCAUGCACGAGACGCACGACGGCGUGCAGGACAUGGCCUGCGACACCUUCAUCAAGAUCGCGCAGAAGUGCCGCCGCCAUUUCGUCCAGGUGCAGGUGGGCGAGGUCAUGCCCUUCAUCGACGAGAUCCUCAACAACAUCAACACCAUCAUCUGUGACCUGCAGCCGCAGCAGGUACACACCUUCUAUGAAGCCGUGGGCUACAUGAUCGGGGCCCAGACGGACCAGGCCGUCCAGGAGCACCUGAUCGAGAAGUACAUGCUGCUGCCCAACCAGGUGUGGGACAGCAUCAUUCAGCAGGCCACCAAGAACGUGGACAUACUGAAGGACCCGGAGACGGUGAAGCAGCUGGGCAGUAUUCUGAAGACCAACGUGCGGGCGUGCAAGGCGGUGGGACACCCCUUCGUCAUCCAGCUGGGCCGCAUCUACCUGGACAUGCUCAACGUGUACAAGUGCCUGAGCGAGAACAUCUCCGCCGCCAUCCAGACCAACGGAGAGAUGGUGACGAAGCAGCCUUUGAUACGAAGCAUGCGGACGGUGAAGAGGGAGACGCUGAAGCUCAUUUCCGGCUGGGUCAGCCGAUCCAACGACCCACAGAUGGUGGGGGAGAACUUCGUGCCCCCGCUGCUGGACGCCGUGCUGAUCGACUACCAGAGGAACGUCCCGGCCGCCCGCGAGCCCGAGGUCCUCAGCACCAUGGCGACCAUCGUCAACAAGCUGGGCGGACACAUCACCGGCGAGAUCCCCCAGAUCUUCGACGCCGUCUUCGAAUGCACCUUAAAUAUGAUCAACAAAGACUUUGAGGAGUACCCCGAGCACAGAACACAUUUCUUCUACCUGCUACAAGCGGUCAAUUCCCACUGCUUCCCAGCAUUCCUGGCCAUUCCGCCGGCACAGUUCAAACUGGUGCUGGACUCCAUCAUCUGGGCCUUCAAACACACCAUGAGGAAUGUGGCGGACACCGGCCUCCAGAUCCUCUACACGCUGCUCCAGAACGUGGCACAGGAGGACGCGGCUGCCCAGAGCUUCUACCAGACCUACUUCUGUGACAUCCUGCAGCACAUCUUCUCCGUGGUCACGGACACGUCGCACACAGCAGGGUUGACGAUGCACGCCUCCAUCCUGGCGUACAUGUUUAACCUGGUGGAGGAGGGCAAGAUCAGCACGACCCUGAACCCCUCCAACCCCGUCAACAACCAGGGGUUCAUCCAGGAGUACGUGGCCAACCUCCUCAAAACGGCCUUCCCGCACUUACAAGAUGCCCAAGUGAAAGUAUUUGUAACAGGGCUGUUCAGCUUAAAUCAAGAUAUUCCUGCCUUCAAAGAACACCUGAGGGACUUCCUGGUACAGAUUAAGGAGUUUGCGGGAGAGGACACCACAGACCUGUUCCUGGAGGAGCGGGAGGCGUCGUUACGGCAGGCCCAGGAGGAGAAGCACAAGCUGCAGAUGUCUGUUCCCGGGAUCCUGAACCCGCACGAGAUCCCGGAGGAGAUGUGCGACUGAGGACGGGCGCUGGGGGGGAAACAACUUGUACAGUCACCUAAAGUUCAAUUAAAAACAAAAAAAAAACCCAAGUCGUCGCGGCAACCCUUUCUGCGGGAGUCCCCAGGAGGGUCCGGCACUUGGACGUUCGUCGACCAAAACAACGCCAACGUGUACAUGAUACUGUGUCACCCAGUGGCCCUUUUUACAUAGUAUGGGUUUUAUAUGGACACCUUUGUGUAUUACCUUUCCAUUGUUCAUUCAGGCUUGCGUUCGGCCAUCUUUCAUUUAGAGCUGCAUGAGAUUGUAUGAUGGAAGACAUUUUAACUCCCCUCCUCUCCCACCCUUUCUUUGUUUAUAUAUACAUAUAUAUAUAUGAUGUAUAAAGGCAGGAGAGCAGACUUAGUUUUUUUUUUUUUUUUUUGUGCAAAGAGGUAUAAAGAGCUGUCAAGUCAUGAGCGGCGCUGUAGCUUUGCAGCCAGUGAAGUGGGUUUUGGGGGAGCGUCGGGGAGGAGGUUUUGGGGAGGUUUGAGGGGGGCUGUGUGCCCGGCCGGCCCCCCUCCGCACAGCGGGAGAAUGUGCACUGGCGCGUUUCCAGUGAAGGUGCAGGUUUUAGCGGUGUUGGGGUAGCGCGGGACUCGCGGUCUCGCUCUGCUGCGUUCGGUCGUUCGGCGGGAGAGGCGCCGCGAGAAUAGAUUACGCGCAUAUCAUCCCAAAUAUAACGUGUCGCUAGAACCACGGGAACAUAAAGUCGGUUUAUUUUUACUUUUUUUCGUGAGCGUGUGUGUGCUGUCGCAUAGCCGACAUCAGGUUUUUGUUUUCCUCAGUGAGGACUGUUGCUCAUUUCUGAGCCUUCAUUUAAAAUCGAAGUUAAAAAAAAAAAAAAAAAAAGUGGUUAAAAGUAUUUAUGGGUUAAUGUAGGCUGCAUCUUUAUAACAACUCAUGUUAAUUCGAAUGGCUUUUGAGAUUGAAUUGUACUAAUUUACAUUGUUUACCAUGCUGUAGUGCUUCAAGAACACUACCUAGAGCAAAAUAAAACUUGGUUUACAUUUAAUUUUGUAUUUUUGCAUUUUCAUUUUUAUCUUGAAAUUCUAUCCAAAUAAACUAAGAGGCUUUUACCCAGAGAAUACGCAGUUGCCAACAGACUAAUUAGAGGAAUGUAUAAACCCAAAUAUUGAUCUUUAAUGGCAAAUGAUCCCUUCUCUAAGUGUUACAGUUGUUGUGAACUUUUUGAAACUGAUUAAAAGUUGAGAGAAUUUUAUAA